AUGUUGUCGCUACUCGAAACGAGAUGUUGUCGCUACUCGAAACUCUUGAUCGGAUAUUUGUAUAAUCUCUAUACGUAUUGGAAGCGUCGUGGCGUGGUGUAUGAGACCCCAUGGCCUUUGUUUGGCAAUUUUUUGGGUAUUGGCAGUAAAUAUCACAUUCGAGAUAUAAAUCAACGUUUGUAUCGCAAAUUCAAGGGUCAGGCCCCCUUUGUGGGUACCUAUAUGUUUGUGAGACGGGCAUCGUUAAUUAUCGAUUUGGAUUUAAUUAAAAAUAUUCUCAUCAAAGAUUUUUCGAAUUUUCAUGAUCGUGGAGUGUUCAAUAAUGUCGAAGAUGAUCCCUUGACGGGGCAUUUGGUGGCCUUGGAGGGUGAACAAUGGCGGGCCAUGAGAACGAAGCUGUCACCGGUGUUUACCUCGGCUCGCAUGAAAUAUAUGUUUUCCACGGUGGUGAAGGUGGGCGGAAAUUUAGCCCAGGCCAUGCAAGAAAUGUUAAUGGAGAGCUCGGAUCAGAUAUUGGAAAUCAAAGAUAUCUGUGCCCGCUUCACCACCGAUGUCAUUGGCACCUGUGCCUUUGGCAUUGAAUGCAAUAGCCUGAAAAAUCCCGAUGCAGAAUUUCGUCAAAAGGGCAGAGCCAUUUUCUCUAAGCCCCGGCAUAGUCCCCUCGUGCAACUUUUCACCAUUACCAAUAGUAAUUUGGCCAAGAAGCUACACAUGAAGCUAUUUCCCGAUGAUAUUUCCGAAUUUUUCAUGAGUGUCAUAAGGCAAACGGUGGAAUAUCGGGUGCGGAAUAAUGUCAAAUGUAAUGACUUUAUGGAUUUGUUAAUUGAAAUGAAGGCGAAAGAUGAAGAAAUGGCUCGAGAAACGAAGGGCAUCGAUUUGUCACAUGGCCUGACGUUGGAACAAAUGGCUGCUCAGACAUUUGUUUUCUUUUUGGCCGGCUUCGAGACCUCAUCGACCACAAUGUCAUUUGCCCUCUAUGAAUUGGCCAGGAAUCCCGAAGUUCAGGAGGAACUGAGACGAGAAAUUACGGAAAGUUUGAAAAAGACUCAGGGAGAACUGACCUAUGAGUCGUUGCAUGAAAUGCAAUAUUUGGAGCAGGUUGUGGCGGAAACCCUUCGCAUCUAUCCGGUACUUCCCAACCUCAUCCGUCUAACCAAAAACGACUAUCAAGUACCAAAUACCCAGCACAUUUUGGAAAAGGGCAUUAUGACCGUUAUUCCCGUGCAUGCCAUCCACCAUGAUCCUGAGUAUUAUCCUGAUCCUGAAGAAUUUCGGCCAACACGUUUUACACCCGACGAAUGUUUGAAACGUCAUCCCUCCACCUAUUUGCCAUUUGGUGAUGGGCCACGCAACUGUAUUGGUUUACGUUUUGGUAAAAUGCAAACCAAAGUGGGUCUGGUGUCCCUAUUGAGAAACUAUCGUUUUGAAUGUUCUCCCCUGACAGAAAUCCCCCUGGAAAUGGAUAAGAAGAAUUUUUUGGCAUCACCGAAAAAUGGAGUGUAUUUAAAAGUGGUACCACUGUAA